GGGCAGGGGGGUUUGAAACUAGGCGAUGAUGAGACGAUUGCACGAUUCUCUGAUGAGCGUGGUACAGUUAAGCAUUUGAAAAUGCGGUUCGGCCUCGUAUAGAAGAAACAUGUUCUUAAGUGAUUUGGCUUUUUAUUUGAUAAUUUUAUUCUUUGCUUUAAUUUGCGGUUAGAAGGACAUUUUUUUUUUACAGUUGCGUCUCUACAACCUUGCAUCCUUGUUCCUGGCUUUCGUCAGGUUCACCAGACAGACUCGACUUCCUCACUGUGCCGAUAUGUAUCGCUUGCAGUCACUGGCAGCUCGAUCACUGAUCGCCGGAGCUCUCGAUCAGUGUACCCCCUUAACACUGACAUCUCUUACUGGGGUACGACACAAAUCUCAAGGUCCGUCCGUGGAGAAGUACGGCCAGAUGCGCUUCCUCACCGCCGAGGCUAAAGUGUCUGCUGGGCGCCUCAACGGAAAGAUGCGAGAGAAAACCCUGACUAUGGACACACUGAACCCGCAGGUGAAGGCUGUGGAGUACGCUGUGAGAGGACCCAUCGUCAUCAAAGCCGGAGAGAUUGAGAAAUACUUGGAGGAGGGUGGUACGAAACCCUUCUCUGAAGUCAUCAAAGCUAACAUCGGUGAUGCACAUGCCAUGGGACAACAGCCAAUCACCUUUCUCAGACAGGUGGUGGCUCUCUGCACAUUCCCUGAGCUGAUGGACAGCCCUAGUUUCCCAGAGGAUGCGAAAUGGAGAGCACGGCGUAUCCUGCAGGGCUGUGGGGGACACAGUCUCGGGUCAUAUAGUGCAAGUCCCGGCGUGGAGUGCAUCCGCAAAGACAUCGCUGCAUACAUAGAGCAAAGAGAUGAAGGAGUUCCUUCAGACUGGGAAAACAUUUACCUCACCACUGGGGCUAGUGAUGGCAUUAUGACUAUUCUGCGCCUACUGGUGUCUGGAAAAGAUUCUUCUCGGACCGGUGUAAUGAUCCCCAUCCCUCAAUACCCGCUUUACUCCGCUGCAAUCUCCGAGAUGGAUGCGGUACAGGUCAACUACUACUUAGAUGAGGACAACUGCUGGGCACUGGACAUCAAUGAACUUUACAGAGCUUAUCAGGCUGCCAAACUGCACUGUCAGCCAAAAGUCAUUUGCAUCAUUAACCCUGGCAACCCUACUGGUCAGGUCCAGAGUAAAAAAUGCAUUGAAGAAGUCCUGCACUUUGCAUAUGAAGAGAAUCUCUUUGUUAUGUCAGAUGAGGUGUAUCAGGACAAUGUGUAUACUCCUGACUGUCAGUUCCACUCCUUCAAGAAGGUGCUCUAUGAGAUGGGUCCCGAGUACUUCAACAGCGUGGAGCUCGCCUCCUUCCAUUCCACUUCCAAAGGCUACACGGGAGAAUGUGGCUUCAGGGGUGGAUAUAUGGAGGUGAUCAACAUGGAUCCUGAGGUCAAGGCCCAGCUGGUCAAGCUUUUAUCAGUUCGUCUGUGUCCCCCCUUGGCUGGCCAGGCUGCAAUGGAUGUGAUUGUCAACCCUCCACAACCAGACGAGCAUUCGUACAAACAGUUCCACCAGGAGAAAUCAUCAGUGCUGGGUGCUUUAGCAGACAAAGCUAAACUAACUGAGCAGAUCCUGAAUGCAGUUCCAGGAAUCAAGUGUAAUCCCGUCCAGGGGGCCAUGUAUGCCUUCCCUCGAAUCUUUAUUCCUCCUAAGGCAGUGGAGGAAGCCAAGGCUCUAGGAAUGCAGCCUGACAUGUUUUACUGUCUGAGAUUGCUAGAGGAGACAGGAAUCUGUGUUGUUCCUGGUAGUGGCUUUGGGCAGAAAGAUGGAACAUAUCAUUUCAGAAUGACAAUCCUGCCAUCCAUAGAGAAACUGAAGGUACUUCUUGGCAAAGUGCGAGAUUUCCACAUCAGUUUCCUGAAAGAGUACUCUGCUCUGGAGUGAGAUGAGAUGUGAUCUGAUUUGCAAAACAUAAGCUCGCGAGUCUAGCAUUACUUGACGCACUAACGCAUUUAAACUGUAAAGGUAGUGUUAAGUAUCUAUUUUUUUAAAUUCUAAUUUUAGACAUGAUUUAAUCAAGUAAUUGAAAUUACAGUCUUGUUUACUAAUAUUUUGGGAAAGUGGUUUCUGGAUGAGUUUUACAGAAAUAGCGAUUUAGUCAGACAUGUAACAUUUCUUGAAUAUUUCAGUUAUGUUUCACGGUUCAUUAGAGAAAAUGGUACACAUUGUCAUUUUUUUAAAUAUUAAAUUUGCCUUUAAAUCAUAAUUUCUGCAGCUGGGUGCAUGGUAAAUAGACAGCCUCUAUAAUACAAGAGAUUCUGCUACAAGCAUUAUUUAUUAACAUCUUGCCAAACCAGGAACUAAAUUGUGAUUGAUGUUACUCACUUGAAAAUUGAAAUCAAUUGAAACUCUUUUGUAGCACCUUAUAUGAACUAUUCAAAACCAUUUGGCUGAUUCAAAUUUGUUUUUGUUGUUUUCUUUGGUGCUAAGGGGGGGGCGUGUAUGGUGUUGUGACGAACACUUUUACAAGUUUACAAGGAGGGACUCUUUUAAUGUUUGUGUUGUCCUCAUCCUUAGUCGCACUCAUUGCCAUGCAAUGUACAUAAACAUUUUAUCUUAGAAAAUUACAAAUUUAGUCACAAGUUAAGCUUCUGUAGAGGAUUGUGGCUAAGAUAAUGAUUUACGUGUCACUGACCCUGUAUGUUUUCAAGGCCAGUUGAAAACAUGGCAUGAAGGAAGCAUGUAGAGGUCUGCGUGGGACUA